GCUCUCAGUCCUGAGUGUGUGUUGUCCCCUACCUUCCUGUGUGCCACGGUGCAGCUGGAGAGCCACACAGAAACAGUAUGUAAGCACACACUCAGUGGAACAGAAGUGGAGGUCUGCAUCAGGUCCACGUCUAGAAGCUUGAAGUCAGGCUCCCUCUCCACACACUCCUCACUGAUGGAGAGUGGCUGCAGGUCGGACCUCCACCUCCCCCUGAGCUAUGAGCCCCACUAUGGUGGUAUCGUCGUGGACUUUGAAGAUGACAUCAUCUGGGUGCGGGCUGACCCAGUUGUGUGUGUACAGCAGUGUUUCCCAAAGUUGAGGUCGGGACCCAAAGUGGGGUCCCAAAACAUCAAGUCCUGUCAUAUCAUGAGUAAGAGAAAAGUCCAAAAUGCACAUCUGCCCAUUGGAGAAUGUAUCUCUCAGGUUCAUCAAACGUUAAGGGAGCGUUUUUGUCAUCAGCGGCUCCCUGAGCGGCCUGAAGGAGUGGAAGCUCAACACAAGCACCUGGAGGAGCUGCUGAGACGGACGGCCGUCCACGGGGAGAGCAACUCCGUGCUAAUCGUAGGACCCAGAGGAGCAGGGAAAACCACGCUGCUGAAGUGUGUGCUCAGGGAGUUGUCAAAAGAAAGCGAAGUGCAGAAGAACCUCCUGCAGGUUCAUCUGAACGGUCUGCUGCAGACGGAUGACAGAAUCGCCCUGAAAGAAAUAACCAGACAGCUCCACCUGGAAAACGUUGUCGGCGACAAAGUGUUUGGGAGCUUUGCAGAAAACUUGGCGUUCCUGUUGGAUGCGUUGAAAAAAGGUGAUCGCAGCAGCAGCCGCCCGGUGCUGUUCGUCCUGGAUGAGUUUGAUCUCUUCGCCCACCACAAGAACCAGACGCUGCUGUACAACCUGUUCGACGUGUCCCAGUCUGCCCAGGCGCCCGUCGCUGUGGUCGGCCUCACCUGCAGACUGGAUGUUCUGGAGCUGCUGGAGAAGCGGGUGAAGUCACGCUUUUCCCACCGUCAGAUCCACCUGCUGAGCAGCCUGACUUUCCCCCAGUACGUGGACCGGGUCCGAGCCCACCUCAGCCUGCCGGACGACUUCCCCGACAGAAAGUUCGCUCAGGAGUGGAGCGCCAGCGUGAAGACUCUCUGUGAGGACAAAUCAGCGGUGGAGGUUCUGCAGAGACACUUCAACUCCAGUAAAGACUUCCGCUCUCUGCACAUGCUGCUGACGCUGUGCCUGAGUCGCGUCUCCGUGACCAAACCUGCCAUCAGACCGGCCGACCUGCUGGACGCCAGUCGUCUUUGUUUGGCCGACACCAAGGCCAGCAUGCUCCACGGCCUGUCCAUCUUGGAACUGUGCCUCAUCAUCGCCAUGAAACACCUCAACGACGUCUACGGAGGAGAGCCGUUCAACCUGCAGAUGGUUCACAACGAGUUCAAGAAGUUCCUGCAGAGAAAGUCCAGCUCCAUGUACAACUUCGAGCAGCCUGUCAUCAUGAAGGCCUUCGAGCACCUGCAGCAGCUGGAGCUCAUCCGGCCCGUAGAGGGCUCCGCGGCCAAAACUCAGAGGGAAUACCAGCUGAUGAGACUCAUGCUGGAUCACAGUCAGAUCAUGGAAGCACUGCAGAAGUACCCACAAUGCCCCACUGACGUCAAACAGUGGGCCAUGUCAGCGUUCGCCUAGCUGCUGGACAAUGAACACAUGAAUCAGUCACACAAAACACAAUAAAACUUUUUUUACUGUUUUGUCUAAUAUAUAUACUGUAUCAUCCAAUUAAACAUUUCUUUUUUUACUUCUGAAUAAAGUAUUAGAAAACAUAAA